UCCUGAGAGGUGGACUGAGAAGAGGGGAGGGGGGUGUCCCUGGAAGAGCAGGGACAGAAAGGGGGGGGGAAUCAAUCGACUCCCUCCUUCACCCUAACCGCCUUCCCUGCGGCUUCGUCCUGAAAAUGUUGGAGCAAGUCCAGUCCUUCCUGCGCCACAUCCAGGACUUCAAACCCAGCUCCUUGUUGCCACACCAGGAGGAGGGCCCCUCGCACCAAGAGGACGGGGGCCUUCUCGCACGGCUGUCCCAUGGGGACGUCGGGGGCGUCUUCCGCCAAGCAGGCAGCCGGGUACGCAUGAGGGUCCGGAACCGCAAGGAUGCUGGAGUUUCCAGUGAUUUGAACACCGCUGAUAUAGAUGUGGGUGAAAGUCCUCGGAGCCCCACCUACCGCCCGCCUCAUACCCAAGAACUGAAGGUCAAGGAAUGGACGGAGACCGGCCAAUACCCCGUGGAGCUGGUACGAGGACCCAAAGGCUUUGGCUUUAGCCUGCGAGGAGACCGGCCAAUACCCCGUGGAGCUGGUACGAGGACCCAAAGGCUUUGGCUUUAG